ACCCAACUUGCACAUUGACCCCUUUUCCUUAAUCCAGAGUACCCCUCCGCCCUUUCCCCUUCUCUGUCUCGGAUCUCGAUCUUCAUAGAGUUGCUGGGAAGAAUCAAGAAACCGUGGAUAUACGGUUAUUACAAAGCUUAAGCUAAGAGAACUGAAGGGUGAUUGUGAUCGAUUGUAUUUUCUCCUUGAUUUUGGGGGAAAUUAAACUAUCAGCACGAUGGUUGCUUCAAUUGCUACCUCCGCCUUCUUUCCUGUUCCAUCUUCUUCUUCUGCGGCGUCUUUGAAGAAUUCAAAGACCAUUGGUGAAGGUUCAGAGUCAUUGAAUGUACGGAGAAUUGCUGCUGCCAAACCUGCUUCAUCUUCCAGUGCCAUGCAGGUUAAGGCCAAUGCCCAGGCCGUUCCUAAGAUCAAUGGCUCAAAUGUUUGCUGGAAACCUGAAACCCUGAAACAUGACGAAGAUGCCCCCUCUUCUGUCCCAAGAACAUUUUAUAAUCAAUUACCCGAUUUGAGCGUGCUACUUGCCGCCAUCACCACCAUCUUUUUGGCAGCAGAAAAGCAGUGGACCCUCAUUGAUUGGAAGCCAAGGAGGCCGGACAUGAUCGCCGAUGCAUUUGGUCUUGGAAAGUUUGUUCAGGAUGGGCUUGCUUUCAGGCAGAAUUUUUCCAUUAGGUCAUAUGAGAUUGGAGCAGAUCGCACAGCUUCUAUCGAGACGUUAAUGAAUCAUUUACAGGAGACGGCACUUAAUCAUGUAAGGAUUGCAGGCCUUAUGGAUGAUGGCUUUGGUUCCACACCUGAAAUGAGUAAAAGAAAUCUUAUAUGGGUCGUGGCUAAAAUGCAUGUUUUUGUAGAAAAAUAUCCUGCAUGGGGAGAUGUUGUUCAAGUAGAUACUUGGGUUAGUCCAUCAGGUAAAAAUGGGAUGCGGCGUGAUUGGCAUGUCAUUGAUUGUCAAACUGGUGAAAGUAUAGUAAAAGCUACAAGUGUUUGGGUGAUGAUGAAUAAAAACACCAGAAAGUUGGCUAAAAUGCCAGAUGAAGUUAGGUCAGAAAUAGGGCCCUAUUUCAUAGAGCGUGCAGCUGUUGUAGAUGAGGAUAGCAGAAAGCUUCCAAAGCUUGAUCAUAACACUGCACAACAUGUCCGAAAAAGCUUAACUCCUCGCUGGGGUGACUUGGAUGUCAAUCAACAUGUGAACAACGUCAAGUAUAUUGGAUGGAUUCUUGAGAGUGCCCCAACUUCCAUCCUGGAGAGUCAUGAGCUUGCUGGCAUGACUUUGGAAUACAGAAGAGAGUGCAGAAGGGACAGUGUGCUUCAGUCUCUGACCUCUGUCUCAACUGAGUGUUCCGACGGAUUGCAAGGUACCACCAUGGAAUGUGUUCACCUUUUACAGCUUGAGAACGGCGAUGAGAUCAUUAGGGGACGUACAAAAUGGAGACCAAAACGAACUGGGCUUCAGCAACAUGGAGCUCUCGCCACUGCGAGCACCUGAAGCACCAAAUCAAACUGAAGCCCAUAUUCUGCUGCUAUGUCCAUUCCCUCUACGUCCAAUCAGUGCAAAAUUGGGAAUUGUUGAGGGAAACACAACGAACCUCAACUGAUAUUUGUCUACUAAGAGAUGGAGAGGGGGUAGUAUCAUAUUGGUCAUUCUUUGUUUGUUCUUUCUUUAUUAUUAUUCUUCUAUGUCUCUCUAUAUUAUCUCAUAACUUGGGGCCUCAUACCUGAAGCUUGCCAUAUGUAAUUAAUCACAACGUUGUUAUAUUGUUUAUGCGUAUUCCUCUUGCUGCGUUGGAGGCCUAGGAAAGACGAUGUAGAAUUGCUAUUUUUACGUUGAGAAAGCAUGUUCAUUAAUGGUCUUACUA